AUGACGCUGGAGGCGACGAUGAUCAUUGUGGACAACAGCGAGAGCAGUAGGAAUGGGGACUACUUACCAACGCGAUUUGAAGCCCAAGCCGACGCUAUCAACCUGGUGCACUCUGCGAAAACACAAGCAAAUCCUGAAUCAUCUAUUGGUUUGAUGAGUAUGGGCGGAAGCGGUCCAGAAGUUCUGGUCACUUUUACCGCGGAUAUAGGCAAGAUCCUGGAAGGGCUUCAUCGAACGAAGAUACGGGGAAAUGCGCAUCUUUCUUCCAGCAUUCGAGUUGCACACUUGGCACUAAAACAUCGAAAAGAGAGAGCGCAACGGCAACGCAUCAUUGUUUUCACAUGCUCCGCCAUUUCGGAGGACGAGAAGUCCCUCGUCAAGCUCGCAAAGAUGAUGAAGAAGAACAAUGUAAAUGUUGAUUUCGUUGCAUUUGGCGAUCUAGAUUCGGACACGAUCAAGAAGCUCGAAACCUUCCACGAGAAUGUUAAUAGCGGAAACGGUUCACAUCUUGAGAUAAUACACCCAGGUCCAAAUCUCUUGAGCGACUCUCUGGUCGCCACGCCAAUCAUUGGUGGGGAGGCUAUGGGUGGCCGUGAAGGGGAGGAAGGGGGUAGUGGUUUCGAGUUUGGCAUCGAUCCGUCAGCAGAUCCUGAACUCGCCUUUGCUUUACGAAUGUCUCUCGAGGAGGAGAAGGCACGACAAGAAAAAGAGAAGGCAGAACAAGAGAAGGCUUCUCUGGAAGGAAUCCCAGAAGAGUCACAGCCACUUCUUAAUCAAAGCGGUGAACCUAGCGGGAGCAACCAAGGUCCACCUGGCGAUGAUCAGAAGGAUAAAGGAGACAGUGGAGACAAGAUGGACACCUCAUGA